AUGGCAGGAGAUGAGAGCGAUUUGACCGUGGCCGUAGCAAAACCUAAAGAGGGAGGAGGAUCCUCCUCUAUCAUUUGCCCUAUGCUGACCGCUACAAACUACACGUUUUGGGCGAUGAGGAUGAGGAUGGCUCUCAGGGUUCACAAGGUCUGGGAUGUAGUGGAGAAAGAGACGAUACCACACAUACCGGAUGGAGAGAAGAACGACAUGGCGAUAGCUCUUAUUUGUCAAUCCAUACCGGAAGCAUUAGUACUUCAAGUUGGAGAACUUGAUAGUGCUAAGAAGAUUUGGAACACAAUCCAAGCUAAAUAUGUGGGAGCUGAGAGAGUUAGGGAAGCUAGACUUCAAACUUUGAUGUCCGAGUUUGAGCGUUUGACGAUGAAGGACUCAGAAAGUAUCGAUGAUUUCUCCGGAAAGCUUUCUGAAAUCUCUUCAAAGACAGCCGCUCUAGGAACUACCAUUGAAGAAAUCUCUUCAAAGACAGCCGAAGCUAGUCAAGAAAUUUCUCACAACUUCGAAGAUAUUGUGGGACGCCUCAAGGCGUAUGAGGAACGAAUUGCAGAGAGAGAAGGAGCUCAAGAGGAGCAGAACAAGCUGAUGUAUGCGAAUAUGGAAGCAAAACAGGACAAAGAAACCGGUGGAGGAGGAAGAGGUCAAGGAGGAAAAUUUACGCCGCGAGGAAGAGGUCGCAGACGCUAUGGUGGAAGAAACAUAUCGGAGAUCACCUGUUUCCGAUGUGAUCAGCUAGGUCACUUUGCCUCCCACUGUCCUGACAGACUGCUCAAGCUUCAAGAAGCACAAGAAGCUGAGAAACAAGAUACAGAAGAAGCAGAUAAGCUAAUGAUGUAUGAGGUACCAGACAUUCUCUCCGUCCAAGUUUGUCUCAAACUUGCUAGGCACGCAGUGCUUCUCAUUCAGAUAAACUACCUCAUGCAUCAUUAG